AUGGACUCGCUCUCAGUGAAGCUGAGCGGAGACGACAGGCGAGCCACACUGAGCCCGUUUCUACUGGCAGACGCCGAGAGCCCGAGCAAAGGAUCCACGUUGUUGGCGAUGGGUUGUCACUCCCCGCUCCAUAGUUUCAGACUCCAUGUCACGGCGAUCUUUGACCAGCAAAUUCGAAUCAGUUCAUUCCGGGAGUCCAAGUGGACGCUUGUGCCAGAUCAUGUUCCCUCAGAGGGGCCAGAAUACCACCCAUCUGCUCUCAACAUCAUUAGCUCUGAUGUUUUAUACAUUUUUCCAGAGUGUGGUGACAUCAUCCCAGCGAAGGCUGCACCAGAGCUGCUGCCCAGCAGAGCGGCGGCCAGAAGUAAACCAGACUUCCCUGUCAUGUCAUAUAGAGAGAGAAAGAGAGAGGCCUGGACGCCACAGGUUAAUGCCAUUACCUCGAGAAUAGGGGCCUGUUCGACUGUGUCCCCUCCCCAGUGUCUGUCCCCCUGUCGGGCUCGCUUUCAUCAGGGGACGCCCCUCAUCCACAGGGCCGUCCCCGCUCUGGGAAAAUUAUGGCACAGCACGGCAGCCCAGUACACCAUCGCCACAGCAGUAAGCGAUCCACUGUGCAGCCUUCCAGCUGUGUUUGGGGUGUACCGUUCACUGGGGGGGGGGGGGACCAGGAGGAAGAGGAGGCUGAGGAACAGAGGCCAAGAAGAGGAACAAGAGCUGGAUCACAAGCAGCUGCUCAGAGUCAGGAUUGAACAGGCUUACCGGAGGAUCAGCGGCCCAGCCUGCAUCACUGUGGAUGCUAGUCCUUCCGCAGACAAAGUGCUCCAACAAGUGCUGUUUUUAAUUAGGGGCAAAUGCCACUUGUAA